AUUCUGGCUUCGUCAAUUGCUCGUUCUCUCAAGAAGCAGCUGUCUCGAGCGUUAGCCACAUACAGCAAGAGAGAAGCAGAGAGACACCGAGAGCGCAGCCAUGGAAGCUGCAUUGUGUAGUCAACUUGCCCUAUCUCCCAACCAUUUUUUGAAUGCUAGAAAUCGUGGUGGUAAACGUUUUCUUUUUAAAUAUAACAAAAAUCGGAGCACUCUAAUGGCAGCAUCAGCCACGGGAGUAGGGAAAGGUGGGGGGUUGUUGGAGAGGCCCACCAUAGAGACAACACCUGGUCGGGAAUCCGAGUUUGAUAUGCGGAGAUCAAGAAAGACAUCCCCACCUUAUCGGGUAAUGCUGCACAACGACAACUUUAACAAGCGAGAAUAUGUUGUUCAAGUGUUGAUGAAGGUGAUACCUGGAAUGACACUUGAUAAUGCUGUUAACAUAAUGCAAGAGGCACAUCAUAAUGGACUGUCUGUGGUAAUCAUCUGUGCUCAAGUGGAUGCUGAGGAGCAUUGCAUGCAAUUGAGAGGAAAUGGCCUUCUUAGUACAAUUGAGCCGGCUGAUGGUGGUUGCUGAACAAUGAAGUGCUUCAGUCUAUAUCAGUUUUAUGGGGACGCUCUAAUAUGGAUUGUACAUAUGCUACAUAGUACCCAUGCUGUCUUGUACUUAAAAAUGAUCUAUGAUGAGGUUAAAGUUGUAAAGUUAGUGAUUAGGCAAGGGAACGUUUUGUUGUGCUUACAUAGACAUGCAGAUGUUAUCAUGUGACGCUACCUGAGUACUAGUAAAUAUAUACAUCAAAUUGAGCAAUGGACUUUUAUAUUAUUUA